GAUGCGUCGCUAGCGUCGCACUGUCUGUUGUGUGGCGGCUGGUACGGUGUUCUCUGCGGUUGCGGACGAUGUCCGAAACUGGGGACGUCCGUCGUUAAGGUUAUCUAAACGUAUUAUUUUUCGCUCAAAACUGAUGCUAUGGCCACUCAAGAAAUCACGAAAGAUGUUUGGUCAAUCGUUGAGCAGCACAUAAUGUUUCACGAGGCCGGUGAAUCCAUAAACCGAGAGAGGUUUAAUGCUGUUGUCAACUUGCUGCAACAAAAACAACUAGCUUCUGUCCUGACACCUUGGUUUUUGUACGAGUAUGAGAAGCAACUACGACGAGACAUCAUCCCGAGGUUCUGGGCCAGCUUCAAAUCCGCGGCGAAGUCGAACCUAAAGGACACCAGGGUCGCUUUUAGAAGAGCUGUCACCGAAUUGCAUACAACGAUAGAAAAGUGCCAGUCGAGUGCCCAGUUCAUCGCCUCCACUCAAACGAGUCAGGGUGGCAGUGAGGUGACAGAAGCCAACGUAGUUUCUCAAAGCUCAAUCUUAGACUUGGUGUACGACAGCCUGCAAGCAGCGUUGAAGAUGUCCGUGCCGCCCGAAUUCAACCAAGUCUUGCUAAAGUUUUACUCCGCUGCAUUCCGGGCAUUUCAUCGUGUAGCAGGGGAAGAUGAUGGAAACGAUCAGUUUGAAUGCACCGGAUGCGAGCUUGACACUGACAACUGUGAAUGCUCACUCCUUCUCGAUGACUUUGAGCAUAUUAACAGGAAAUUGCAUGAUCUUCGCUUACUAGAUGCUGUCGUUCGAGAUGCUGUUUCAACAGUUGCAUACAAGUACAUUGAAAAGCACAUACAAAGCACCUGCAGGGGGAACUUCGAGAGCCGAUUCUUGGAUAACCUGGAGAAGUGGCUCACUACAACUGUCAUGGAGUGGUUCCGAUUGCUGUACAAAUACGAAACUGGGUCAGAGACAGAUGCAGCGCUUAGGUGUUUAGAGGACCACUUGCGGUAUUUCCUGUAUGACACUUACGUCAUGGCACGCGUAGACCAGCUCUUCAAUAUUAUCAUAGAGUUUCCUGAAUCACAAGCUGCCCUGGAAGACCUCAAGGACUGCCUUGAAAGAACGAACCUAAAGUCGAAGGUCAUUCACUCUUUAAAGAGCUCCAUGGAAAAGCGACUCUUGCACCCAGGAGUGGAAACAACUCAGAUAUUGACUGCAUAUAUAUCAGCUAUCAAGGCAUUGCGGGUUCUUGACCCAACGGGAUACAUCUUGCAACUUGUCUGUGAGCCUGUAUGCAAGUACUUGAGGACACGCGAAGACACAGUGAGAUCUAUAGUCUCGAACUUGACAGAUGACAGCUGUGCGGAACUUGAAGGAGAGCUUGUCAAGUUCACACCGAUUGCUGUUGAAGACAGCUUCAUGAGUGAUGAUGAUGAUGAAGACUGGCAGAACUGGCGACCAGCCCCACUUGGCAAUGAACAAGCAGUGCAGGUGUCAAAAGGUGCACGCACCUCUGAUAUAGUCAGUAUGUUGGUGAACAUCUACGGAAGCAAGAAGCUGUUUGCAUCGGAAUAUCAGGUGCUGCUAGCCAACCGCUUGCUGUCCGGCACCUGCGCCGACACGGAGCGUGAGGUGCGUUACUUGGAGUGCCUCAAGCUACGCUUUGGCGAGGCCCAGCUGCAUGCCUGUGAAGUGAUGCUGAGGGACUUGGCCGACUCUCGCCGCCUUAACGCCCACCUAGCUUCUGGUGAUAUCCCUGACUACACCAAAGGGGAAGUCGACGUGUCAGCCAUCGUGGUCUCAGCCCAAUUCUGGCCAACUUUCAAGGACGAAAAGCUGGUGCUGCCACCACCUGUGCAGGCAUCACUCGACCGCUACACUCGUGCUUUUGAGACCAUCAAGGGCAACCGUACCUUGCAGUGGCGCCCAAACCUGGGUCAGGUCGUCCUCGAAAUCGACACUGGCACCCGCACCCUGCAGCUCACUGUGUCGCCCAUGCACGCCGCACUCAUCUACCACUUCCAGGAGAAGCCACGGUGGACAUUAGACGAGCUGAGCGCUGUGACCCAGGCAUCGUCAACACUCGUGCGCCGCAAACUGGCCCUGUGGCAGGGGCAGGGCAUCCUGUGGGAGGAGUCACCUGGUGUGUUCACUCUGGGAAGCCAUGGAGGCUCGACAGGGAGUGGCAGCAUCCCUCCUCAGCCCUUGGAGUUGGAUGAGGACGAAGAGGAGACUCCUUCGGCCAUGGCAUCUACUCAAGACCAGAAGGAGAGCGACCUCCAGAUCUACUGGUCCUACAUAGUAGGCAUGCUGACAAACCUGGAAGCACUGACGUUGGAACGCAUUCACACUAUGCUCAAGAUGUUUGCCAUGCAGACCCCCUCAACAGCGGAGCUGACUGCACAAGAGCUGCGACAUUUUCUUGAUGGCCAAGUCUCCAAACAGAAGCUGCUCUAUUCCGGUGGACAUUAUAGGCUGCCAAAAUCGGAUAGCCAAUAAAAAGCAAAGUAAAAAAUAAA